GAAUGCUACUUCUUCCCAUAUUCCACUGGACAAAAUAAAUAUGAAUUUAGAUUCCAUCCAUCAGUUAACUGAGGAAACACAAAUCAUCCAGAUGCCACAGUCAUCAAUAAAACCACCUUGUGACACGGUAGCACCUGCUUCCCCCCCCAGGGACACUUGUCAUUCCUGUUUGCCACUUCAGGGGCUGCAAUCACAUGCCGCUCACAACGUCUAUGUGCACUCAUGCAACACCAAUGAGUGGAAUAUUUGUGAAGAGCUUCUCCUUCGGGAACUUGAGGAAGUCAAAGCCAGAGCUGCCCAGAUGGAGAAGACCAUGCGGUGGUGGUCAGACUGCACUGCCAACUGGAGAGAAAAGUGGAGCAAAGUUCGGGCUGAAAGGAACAGCGCCAGGGAGGAGGGAAGACAGCUCAGAAUAAAAUUAGAGAUGACAAUGAAAGAAUUGAGUGCAUUGAAAAAGAAACAAAGUUUGCCACAUCAAAAGGUGUUAGAAACCACCUGGGACCUGAAGCAUCCUAGUUUCAUAAAAGUGCCUUCCGCACCAGGAGACCAGUUUCAAAUUGGUUCACAGACAUGUAAGUCUAUCAGAGAAUGUCUGGUGAGAAGAGAAUUUCCUACAAAGGACAAUGCAGAUAGGAAGGAAGAAGUUUUGAUUAUUGACCAGUUAAGAUUAAAUGAGGAGAUGAAACUCAAUCUUAACUGUCCUGAUUCAUUCAAGAAUAGUGGUUCUGACAACUGUACACUGAAAUCUUCAUUAAGACUGCAGGCAAUGACCCUGCCUUUGGAGAGUGAAGUGCCUGAAAUUUCAGCUUUGCAGGUGCAUCUGGAUGAGUUCCAAAAAAUUUUAUGGAAAGAAAGAGAACUGCGCUCAUCUUUGGAAGAAGAAAUAGAACGACUGGAGUCAGCUUUGUCUGUAUGGAAAUGGAAAUAUGAAGAACUGAAAGAAUCAAAGCCAAAAAGUCUGACAGAGUUUAACAUUAUUCCUGGUCAGCAUGAAAAUGAAAUGGAAGAACUAUCAGGAGAUAUAAAGGAAGAAUCAAAAUCUCAAAACAGCAAGGAUAGACUGAUCUUCCAGUUAAGAGCUGAGCUAGAGAGAUUGCAGGCUGAAAAUAUCUCAGAGUGGGACAAGAGGGAAAUACUUGAAACAGAGAAACAAGGACUGGAAAAAGAAAAUAGAAGGCUAAAGGCUCAGAUGAAAGAAAUGGAAGAGCUGCUGGAUGGGAAAAACAGAUUCAGUGCAAACUCUCAAAGUCCUGAUUUCAAGACAUCACAAAUUGAACGGCAGGAAGAAAAAAAGGAAGAAAAAGAAAAAGGAGAUACUCACACAUCGUUAAAUCAUCUGGCCUGUUGCAGUGCUAUAUUUUUUAACUCGCCCCCACCUGAAACGCUUCUCAUGUGCAGCCAGGGUGUGGUAAUGCUGCAAGAACAAAAGGGAGCCAAGUCUACAGGCACCCAGCACUUUCCUAGCCCCUUCCCAACAGACUAG